CCCACAGGAGAAGGAGGACGCGCUGAAGAGGGGCCAGUUCUUCCUCAACAGCCGUCUGGGGGGGCUGGUGUAAAGAGAGAGGGGGGGCCAGUGCGUGACCAGAGCGGGGUGAGUAAGGUAUGGCAGGAGUGAACGGGGAUCGGAAAGGCAAGAAAGAUGACAAUGGCCUGGGCACUGCCAUCGACUUUGUCCUCUCCAAUGCUAAGCUGGUGCUCGGAGUGGGCGGGGCAGCCAUGUUGGGCAUUGCAACGUUGGCAGUCAAACGAAUGUAUGACCGGGCCAUCAGUGCCCCAUCCAGCCCCACGAAGCUGGAGCCGUCGGGGAAACGCAGCUGGGAGGAGCCCAGCUGGCUGGGGUCCUCUCCACGCACCCUCAACCGCGACAUGAAGUCCACGGUCAGCCGCUCGCUGCAGACGCUGCCCACCUCUGCCAACUCCUUUGAGCCAGACCUGAUGCGUCGUGCUGCGGGUCGCAAUGCCCAUGAGCAGGUGGGCCUGGCGCGGGCGCGGAUGCGCCUCUCGCUGCAGGAGCACCUGUGGGCGUUCUUCCGCGAGCGAGUGGCCAUCCCCGCCGAGGAGCAGGCCGUGGCUCGCCGCGCCGCACUGGACAUCUGCUCUGAGCUCCGCGUCUUCCUGCACGCCAAGCUGCCCGACAUGCCGCUCCGCGAGAUGUACCUGAGCGGCAGCCUCUACGACGACCUCCAGGUGGUGACCGCCGACCACGCCCAGCUGAUGGUGCCCAUGAUCCUGGAGAAGAACUUGUGGUCGUCGGUGCCGGGCGAGGACACAAUCAUGAACGUCCCCGGCUUCUGGCUGGUGCGGCGGGAGAACCUGGAGUACUUCCCCAGGGGCAGCAGCUACUGGGACCGCUGCAUGGUGGGCGGCUACCUCUCCCCCAAGAGUGUCCUGGAGGUGUUUGAGAAGCUGGUGGCCGGCACCAUCAACUGGCCGGCCAUCGGCAGCGUGCUGGACUACGUGAUCCGGCCCGUGGUGCCGUCGGAGACGCUGACGCUGGAGGUCCAGUACGAGACGGACCGUCGCCUCUACGUGGACUUCCUGCCGCUGCUGGUGAUGGACGACGGCGCGUCGCUCAUCGCCAAGCCCCACCGGCUGGCGGCCGAGCGGCACGAGAACCUGUGGCGGCAGAGCUUCCGCGUGGCCGAGACGGCCCGGCUGCGCGCGCUGGACCAGGAGGACGGCGGCUGCCGCUGCGCCUGCCUGAAGGUGGCCAAGGCCGUGUGCAAGCUCAACCCGGCGCUGGGCAGGCUCAACGCCAGCCAGCUGACCAACUCGCUGCUGCUGCUGAGCGAGCACGAGGGCGACUGGACGCAGGAGGCGCUGGCCGACCGCUUCAUCAGCCUGCUGCGCUCGCUGGUGGGACACCUGGAGGCCGGCCGGCUGCCCUGCGCUCUCUACCCCCGGGUCAACCUCUUCUGCGAGCUCACGCCCCUGGAAGUGGACGAGCUGGGCUACACGCUCUACUGUGCCCUCUCCGACCCCGAGAGCCUGCUUAGGACUGGCCUACAGGAGACUGACCAACCAUAGCAUGGCGUCUGAGGUGCUGCUGGUGCGUACGUCUGUUGCCAUGGAAACGGGCCGUGAAGGUGCCAGCCUUAAAGCUUAAAAACAUCAGACUCAUUUACUCUGUGGUUGGCUUGCGCCCUGGUACAGCUCACUCUAAAAGCAGCCAUCUGCAGUAAGAGAGAGGCAGCAUCUGUGUAAAGCCCAUGUAAAUGUCUAUGGGAGUCAUCACAGUGCCCUCUUGUGUAUUCUAAAGGUAAUGCAAUAGAAUCAUACUCUCUUGUAAGAACCAUAUAAAAGAAUAAAAUGCCCCUCAGCCAACUGAGAAAGUAGCAGAGGCCCCUUUGUGUCCACAGAAAACACCGUUCUGAGGCUAAUCAGAAUCUCAUGGACCACUUUUUCUUUUCUACAUGUGUCACCAUCUAUAUUUUGUACUGAUGUUUUAAAGAUCUGCAGUAGAAGCAAUCGCAGCUAAACCAUGCAAUGAGAGACUAUGGGGGACACGCUGCCUAAUUUGUAUGACCUCUUGACUUCCUUGCGCCCUCAUAUCAGUUACACACACACACACACACACACACACACACACACACACACACACACACACACACACACACACACACACGGCAGACACACACUGUGAUGAGUGAGUGUUUUGUGCACUGUUUCUGUCAGAGCUACUGGAGAUGUUAAGCACUAUGUGAGAUCGAAUAUUUAAUCAAUGGCAAAUUCCUAAUUGAUUGGUGGGUGUGAGUUUGCUGCAAGGCAGAUGGGGGGCUCGUUUUCUAGCAGUGGUCUACAGUGGGUCGAACAAGCUCAUGUUUUGGUAUGUCUUUCUGGUCCUGCAUGGGCUUAGAAGAGAUGCUAUUUUAAACUGUUCCAUGUUUUGUUCGUGUCUUUCAAAGCGCGUCAGCGCCUAUAUGAGAUGACAGUGGAAGCUGCAUGGAUAUGAACGAUGUUGUCACCGUUCUCACGUGACAGGCUGCCUUCUCUCUUACCCACAGGCGUUUGAUUAGUCAAAUUCCUUUCGGUGACCCAGGAGGCUCAAGAAGUCAGGAGGAGAGGACUUGCUUGUUUACAAGCUCUGAGACGGGUCCUUGUUUCCCAGAAAGGGAACUAGUGUUGAGUGUCAGUGGGCUUUUGGGUCGGACUCAGGCUCUUUAGCCUGGUCUUUCUGUUGGCCUGAACCACCACAGCUGUCUAAUGACUUGAUUUUUUUUUUUUUCUGUUUCUUUUCUUUUCUUUUUUUUUUUUUUUUUGUCCAAUUUUUUUCCUCCCUUUUUUUUCCUGAAGUCAUCGUUUUAGAGCUCGUCUCUUAAAAUGAAUAAACUGAUGUUGAUUA